CGCACUUUACCUGGCUGCUGCGAGUUGGUUCCUCCCGGGGGAGGUCCGAGCUGAAAUACCUAUUGAGCAGGAAAGCGGCCAGUUGAAACGUAGGAAGCGGCCGUAAUUGGGAACUGAAGGAGAGAGAGGCACACAGUGUAAAAACCAUGUGCGGGCCCAAGGAAAUGGACUCUGCAAGGUUUGGGAAGUUUCUGAUGAAGCUUGGCCUGAUUUUGAUCGUCAUCGGACACCUCAAUUUCAUAAUUGGUGCCAUUGUACAUGGAUUGGUAUUGAGACACUUGGUUCAGCUGCAAGAUGCUGUGGCACUGCAAUAUUCUGUGGCCAAUAUCACUGCUGUAGUAUCGACGAUACUGAGUAUCACAUGUGGAAUAACUGCUAUUGUCCUGUCUAGGUACCUGGCACAUUUACCGCUGCGCUGGACAGUGUUGGUACUUGGUAUAAUUAAUGCGAUCCUUUCUGUGGCCUGUGUGGUGGACCUGGUUGUGUCUGUAAUCAUCACGGUGGGGAAUAAAGGUCGUACGCUGAUGUCAUCAUGUGCCUUUACCAACCUGGAACUAAUUCAGAUCUCAUAUGAGUGUCCCUUUGAUCCUACAAGAAUCUAUAGCACUACUCUUUGUCUGUGGGUGAUCUCCAUCCUACUGGAUGGUGCAGAAGUUGUGUUCAGCGUACGCUGCUUCCUUACUGUCUUCAAGUUGAUGGACAUUAGACUCUGCCGCAAGAGACAGGACACGUUUCAUAUUCACCAGAAGAAUGAUGCAGUUAUCACAGAACAGGAUGCUCAGAACGAAGAGGAUGAAUGCACUGUAAUGUUGUGAUAAGAGCUAGGCAAUGACACAAGCUGGGAACAUAUAUGCAGUUUUAGUAUUUAACUCAUGCACUAGAUGGUAGCCCAUCCAUCUCCAGUUUCCAGAGAACUUAAACUGCUUUAUUGUUCUUGCCAUCCAAAUAGAACAGCGGACUGCAGUCAUCGAGCAAAAGAAGUAAGCAGCAAGAUUUCUAGGCCAUGAGGAUAUUCUGUUCUUCACAUGAAAAGGUCCAGUCAAUAUAUUGAAUAUGUUCUUGCAUGAAAGCUGACACCACAGAUGAGGUGGAUGUGGCUGAGUUCCAGUCUGAAAACCAAAAAUUAAUUUUUGGGUCAAAUGCUAAUUUGCUAUCCUAAAUGCUCUCACACUACUAUAGAUCUAUAACUGUACAAUAAUAUGCUGUUGCCUGAAGAGAAGUAGGCAUGGUUUGCAACUCACAGGUGAUGAUAUCAUCUUUAGUUGUAUUUUUCUGAAGGGCACAUAAAUCUAGCAGCAAAUUAUUCAAAAGGCAUUCCACUAUGAUGUGAUGCUUUGCAGUGCAUUUAUGAUUUGUAGAAGAUUUGUCUCAGCUAAUGUACAUUUAGAGGGUUAAAUGUGCAUCAGGGGUGAGAUGUUAUUAGUCCGUUCAAGGUGUUACAGAAGACAAUACUCACACACUCUUGCAAGACUUUAUUUCUGUUAGAAAAUCAUAUAGCGUAGUGCUAAAUUCACUGCUGUGAUUGUUUCAAAGAGUGAUACUGCAAUAUAUAUUAUGCAGUAGCAUAAUACAGAAGAACAUUCAGUACAGGCUGUCAAUACAUACAGAGUAUUCAAUUAUAACUCCUCUAAACUCUAAUGAAGUCUUUGACCUGUAUCAUAACUCUACUGCUCAUAUAGGCUGGGUCCAUUUAAGAUUAUAGUUUGCACAGAAAUAGUACAGCAGAUUAGGCCCCCAAAAAAGUAUUAGCAGGGCUAGAGGCCAAUUUGAUGCCCAUGCAGACACAUUAACCAUGCAAUCAAUUACUGCACAUACCAUGAAAUUAGAACUGCAUCACUGUAUUUGCCAAAUACAGAAUUUCAUUCAGGCAUAUGUAUAUACUAAAUGAAAAUUCACAGUGGUUAAUAAACUUAUAAAUACAAAACUUAAAACAA